CCCAAAGACACUUCGGAGGAGGAGGAGGACGAGGAGGAGGAGGAGGAGGAGGAAGAGGAGGAGGAGGACGUGUCCCACAACUGAAGGGAAUGCCCACGUCUGGCUCCACCUCAACCUGUCGCAUCUCGCUGAGCAGUGCCAGAGCCUGCUGCCACUGCGUGCCUCUCGCACACGCACUGAUGAUGGCGCUGUAGCUGAUGAGGUUGGGCUCCAAAUUCACAUCCCGCAUCUCGCUGAGCAGCGCCAAAGCCUGCUGCCAUUGCCCGCCCUUCUCGCACGCGCUGAUCCCAGCGUUGUGGCUUACUGAUGCCGUCGGGCUCCAAUGUCACCCUCCGCAUCUCGCAAAGCAGCGCAAGAGCCCGCUGCCACUGCUCGCCCUUCUCGCACGCGCCGAUCACAGCGUUGUAGCUAUGGCAUUGGGCUCCAGCUUCGCCUCCCACAUCUCGCUCAGCAGCGCCAAGGCCCGCUGCCACUGCUCGCCCUUCUCGCACGCGCUGAUCCCAGCGCUGUAGCUGAUGACGUUGGAUGACGUUGGGCUCCAGCGUCGCCUCCCACAUCUCGCUCAGCAGCGCCAGGGCCCGCUGCCACUGCUCCCCGUUCUCGCACGCGCUGAUCCCCGCGCUGUAGCUAUGACUGUGGGCUCCAGCUUCGCCACCCGCAUGUCGCUCAGCAGCGCCAGCUGAUGGCGUCGGGAUCCAGCUUCACCUCCCACAUCUCGCUCAGCAGCGCCA